CCAAAGGGUGAAAGCUGCCUGACUACCUGUGCCUCCGAGUCCUUCUACCUUGACCGACCACACGUGGGGAACCGAGUCAUGUUGAAGGUGGUGCGAGUACACGUGCACUAUGGUAGUCAGAAGUUAGACACCUACGCUAUACUGGAUGAUGGGUCUGAGAGGACUAUGCUGCUCCCCACCGCUGCUAAGUCCCUAGCCCUUAACGGCGCUCCCGAAGACCUCCCACUGCGCACAGUGCGCUCGGACAUCCAAGUCUUGCAUGGCCAUACAGUGUCAUUCCGGGUCUCCUCUCCCACCAACCCUAAUAUUAUGUUUAAGAUCACUGAUGCCUUUACAGCCAGCCAUCUUAAUCUAGCCCCACAUAGCUACCCAGUUAGCCACCUACAGAGGAAGUUCAAGCACCUGCGUGGAAUCCCUAUUCCUACCUUCCGAGAAGUAAAGCCCUUGCUUCUCAUAGGUUCAGACCAGCCCCACCUCGUAACCCCCAUCGAGCCUGUCAGGCUUGGUCCUCAUGGUAGCCCAGCAGCUGUCCGCACUAGACUGGGGUGGACCUUGCAGGGCCCGUGUCAGUCGACGGGGCGGCCAGCUCACCCAGCUCAAUGCCUGUUCACCUCUGUUCCACCACCCAUGGAUGAUCUCUACAGGCAUGUGGAGAGACUCUGGCAAGUGGAUACAGUCCCCUACAGGCCAGAGAGGGAAGUGACACGAUCCAAGCAGGAUCAGCAAGCCAUAGCCCUGCUGGAGACGAAGACAGGACGUACCGAGGUGAGUGGCAUCCUUAGAUACGCUACUCCCCUGUUACGCCAUGCGGCUAUGCCACUAUUGCAAGCACCGAAAGAAUCAGUUAUGGCCCUGCUGCGCAGCACUGAGAGACGCCUCCUUAAGAACCCUGAGCAGGGACAAGCAUACCAAGCGGAGAUGCGGAAACUCAUCGAGUCAGGCGCAGUGCAGGAAAUUAGCGAGGACACCUCAUCAACGGAGAGCUGGUUUAUCCCCCAUCACCUCGUGACCCAUAACGGGAAGAACCGCCUCGUCUUUAACUGUUCUCAUCAAUUUUUGGGCCAGUCCCUUAAUCAGUUCCUCCUACCAGGCCCAACUCUAGGUGCCUCACUGCUAGCGGUCCUAUUGAGGUUCCGAGAAGGUCCCAUUGCAGUUAGUGGGGACAUUAAAGGGAUGUUCCACCAGGUCCGUCUCCUCCCUGAGGAUCGCCCCCUUCUGAGAUUUUUAUGGAGAGACCUAGAGGUAGAACAACCACCCAAGAUCUUUGAAUGGCAGGUCCUCCCCUUUGGGACCACCUGUAGCCCAUGUUGUGCGACAUACGCCCUGCAAAGACAUGUCAAGGAUCCCAGUAAGUCAAACGAUGACAUGAGGUUCUCCGUGGAGCACUGUUUCUAUGUCGACAACUACCUGCAGAGUGUGGCUACACCCAGCGAAGCAAAGGGUCGGGUGGACCGGCUCAGGAAACUCCUCGCCUCGGGCGGCUUCGAAUUGCGACAGUGGGCUUGCAAUGACCCAAAUGUUCUCAGCCACCUACCUUCAGAGCUCAGAUCCACCAGUCUAGACCUGUGGCUAGCCCAAGAUAAGUCCAACCCGUUUGAGUCGACCCUGGGCCUCAGCUGGAACUGGCAGGCAGACUCCCUAGGCUACAAGCAGCGGUUAGUCCCUUACGAUGUACCAACCUUGAGGAACAUUUAUAGAGUCCUAGCCUCACAGUACGAUCCAUUGGGAUACCUGCUGCCAUUCUCCAUUCGCGCCAAGCUCAUCCUAAGACAGCUGUGGGACAAGCAGCGAGGUUGGGACGAUCCUAACCUCCCUCCUGACCUGCUACAGGCUUGGUCCUGUUGGGAGGCGGAGCUCAAGCAUCUGCCGGACAUUACCAUGCCACGUCCGUAUGCGCCUGCGGAUAGCCACCGCGAAGGGACCACUCGGCAAGUGCACAUCUUUGCUGACGCCUCAGAAAAGGCCUACGGGGCUGUAGCCUUCCUCCGAACCGAAGACAACCAGGGUAAGGUACAUUUAUCCUUUGUUCUGGCUCGCUCCCGCAUAGCCCCUAAGCGUGUGCAUUCUGUACCUCGCCUUGAGCUGUGUGCGGCUCUUGUAGCAGCGCAGUUGGCUUCCACCCUCAAGAAAGAGCUUGCUCUCCCAGUACACAGCACAGUAUUGUGGUCUGACUCUACCACUGUACUCACCUGGCUACACUCGCAAUCCUGUCGAUACAAGGUGUUUGUAGGGUCAAGAGUAGCUGAGAUCCAGGAGCUUACGGAAGGCUUUGUUUGGCGCUACGUAGACUCAGACAACAACCCUGCCGACGACCUGACAAGAGGGAAGACAUUGAUAUCCCUGUUGGAGCCCAAUCGAUGGUCACAAGGACCCACCUUCCUUCUACAGGGUCCAACCACCUGGCCAGAAAUGCCACACGGUAUUCCACCUGAUGAUGCCGCUGAACUAAGGAAAGGUACGUUCUGUGGGUCCACCGUCACCUCACCUGACAUUGCCAUUCUACAAGACAAGACGUGCAACACCUGGCAGGAACUCAUGGACGCUACUGCAAGGGAGCUUCAUGGCCAGGCCCCUCCGAUCUACUCACCUACCGCUGAAGAAUACCGACAAGCUGAAGUACUCAUCCUUCAACGAGCCCAGAAGCAAUCCUUCCCAGACGAUUGUGCUCAGCUGUCUGCAGGGAAGCCUGUUAAAACUUCGAGUCGACUUCUUACUCUAGCGCCAGUCAUCGACACCUCCAUCGACCUAAUCAGAGUAGGAGGCCGGUUACGCCGUCUAGAGGGCCAGAACGAGGUCACCCCACACCCUAUCGUCCUCGACGCCUCACACCCUGUGACCCGCCUGCUCAUAAAGAAAUAUGACCAGGACCUUAAACACCCAGGGCCAGAGCGAGUCUUUGCAGAGUUGCGGAGGACCUAUUGGAUCAUUCACGGCCGUGAAGCAGUUCGUCGCUAUCAACGUUCCUGUGUAGAUUGUCAGCGCUGGCGGGCCAAGCCUUCCAUACCUAAAAUGGCUGACCUCCCAACCGCACGCCUCCAGUUGCAUAAACCUGCCUUCCACGCCACUGGCAUGGACUGUUUCGGUCCCAUGUUAGUAAAGGUUGGACGACGCCAUGAGAAACGCUGGGGUCUCAUCUUCAAGUGCUUGACCACCAGAGCGGUACAUCUGGACCUCAUACGAAAUAUGGACACCGAUGCUUUCCUGAUGGCUUUGAGGCGAUUCAUUGCCAGAAGAGGAACCCCCUCGGAACUGUGGUCAGACCACGGGACCAAUUUCAAGGGGGGAGAGAAGGAGCUUCGGGAAGCCUUCACAAGUAUGUGUCCAACCCUACAAAGUCAACUCGCUCCACGUAAAAUCAAAUUCAACUUCAACCCCCCAGCAGCCCCUCACUUUGGUGGAGUAUGGGAGAGAGAAGUACGAGCAGUCAAGUCUGCACUCCGCACCUGUCUAGGUACUGAGCCUAUCCAUGAGGACGUCCUCUCCACCGUCCUGUUGGAAGUGGAGGCCAUUCUCAACUCAAAACCUUUGGGCUAUGUGUCUGCUGACCUGUCUGACGUCGACCCCGUGACCCCCAACAGCCUCCUACUGGGGCGGCCUGAUGGAUCACUCCCCCAGAUCGUCUACCCGAAGAGCGAAAUCCUGAGCCGAAGGCGCUGGCGGCACUCCCAAGUCCUUGCCGACCAGUUUUGGUCAAGAUUCAUCAGGGAUUACCUACCGGGAUUGCAAACAAGACAGAAAUGGCAAGCCUCCCCCCCCGACCUCCUGGAGAAGUCAGUGGUCAUGAUCACCGAGCCACAGUUACCCCGUGCCAUGUGGCCUAUUGGUCAUGUGACGAAGGUUCAUCGCAGUGACGAUGGCCACAUAAGGUCAGCUGAUGUCGACAUUAAAGGGCGGCAGUACACCCGACCAGUAGCUCGACUGGUGGUGCUACCAGCCCUCCCAGCGGAAGUGACUCAGGACUCUCAUAAAGACUGAUGAGCCUUUGUUUGAAACAAAUGUGCCCUGCACAUUUGGGGGCGGCUGUACAACAGGCUGUGACAUCGUUUGCAUGUUGUGUUGUUCUAUGUGCAUGUCUGUGUUGGCAGCGGCUCUGCCUAUUUUCCCGCUCCGCAUGUCACGUGAUUCCAUGGGGUGACGCGGCGUUCUCUGCGCAUGAGCAGGGCACUCCGGAAGAGAGCAGUUCGCGGUAUGGUGGGGUAGAAGUUUUCUAGUUAUAGUUGAAGCAAGUAAAAAAGCCGAGUUCAUGACCAAAAGGUAAGCCCUAGAUCGUUGUUGUCGUAUAAUAAGUAUAUUUGUUUGUAUUUGUUGCCAUCGUGUCAGUUCGGGUCCUUGUAUGGCACUCUGAGCGGAUUCGCGGACGAGAGACACUUUCCUGUUGCCGCCAUUCCUGUUCCUCAUUUCGAUCACUAGAGGUCUCCCCAGACCAUCCGAUUGCCCACAUUACGAUGAGUGUCAUUAAGAUAAGUAUAAUGCGGCCACUCGUAGCGUUAGAAUUCAACUAUACUCCGCAAUCAUUCCGCAAUUCUAUCAAUCUGCAAUUCUAUUAUGACCUUCAAUCCUGCUACUCAAUAAACCUGUCCAUCCCUCCA